AUGGUGAAAUCGGAGAAGCAGGCCUCGGCCUGCUUCACUUUAGUGAGUCCGAUACCGGAGGUCCAACUCGCUUCCUGUACUGAUAUGAGGCUACGUGCAGAUAUCGAAAAAGGAGAUCUGGAUACGAAACGCAGGGCCUUGGAAGCUGUCAUCCAUAUGUACCUUUCGGAACCCUCGCGACUGGGCAGUUCAAUGCUGAUGACGGUCAUCAGGUUUCUCCUACCAACUCGAGAUCACGCAAUCAAGAGACUACUGCUGCUUUUCUGGGAGAUUGUCCCCAAAGUCGAUGCCGAGGGGAAACUCCGUCCCGAAAUGAUUCUAGUGUGUGAUUCCUUCAGACGCGAUUUGCAGCAUCCGAAUGAGUUCAUACGGGGAUCCACGUUGCGGCUCCUCUGUAAGAUCCAGUAUUGCGAAAUCUUGGAACCUCUUGUCCCCUGCAUUUUCGCGUGUCUGGAGCACUCGCACACCUACGUCCGGAAGAACGCCAUAUUGUGCGUGCUCGCAAUAUACAGGAAUCAGCCAUUUUUAGUGCCUGAGGCAUCACGCAUCAUAAGUGAUUUGCUGGAGACGGAGCACGACACGGUCACGAAGAAAAAUGCUUUCAUAGCGCUGCGCGAGAUCGACGAGACGAAGGCAUUAGAUUUCGUGGAGUCGUCGGGUGAAUCUCUGAUUAAGUACUCCACCGAGAUGCAGCUCAGGAUAGUGGAAACGAUAUACCACGCUUGUCUCAAGAACCCCGAUGAACGAUGGAGAUUCCUGUCAUUAGUGUAUUUUCUUACGAUUUCCGAGUCCGCAGCGGUUCGCUUGGAAGCUGCCUGGACUUUUACGACUUUUUCGACGAGUCAAAAUGCUUCGGACACAGCCGCGAAAGUCUAUAUCGAUAUCGUUGUGUCCGAAGCUGACAAUAAUGUGAAAUUGAUUGUGCUGUCCAAACUGAAAAAACUCUGUGAUGAGCGACCUCGCGCCUUGACUCACAUGGUCCUCGAUCUGCUCCGGGUAUUGACAAACGCGAACGAUUCCAAAGUUCAGCGUCAAACAUUGGAGCUGAGUUUGCAACUCGUCACGUCGAGGAGCGUCAAGGACUAUGUGGAGAUACUCAAGAAACAACUCCGCUCGACUCAGACGAGCGUUGAAUGCCGAGAAAUGAUAGUGGAGACCUUACACCGAUGCGUAAAGAACAUCCCAGAGACGGCUUCAUCGAUAGUCACUUGUCUCGUUGAGCUCGUUUGGUCCGAUGAGCCUUCCUUGGCGCUCACAGUAUUACGUUUUCUGCGCGAAACAUUGACGCAUCAUCCAGCGGUGCGCAGAACGACGCUGGAGGAACUCAUUUCGUCUUUUCGACUCCUGGAAGAUGCCAAAGUACUGCGGCAGGCGUGUUGGCUCAUGGGGGAGUUUUGUACGGAGACGUCUCAAAUUGAAGACUUCGUCGACGCGAUCAAGUCCAGCAUUGGUGAGCUCCCGAUCAAGAUCUCGGACUCCUAUGAGCUUGCAAACGGCGAUUGUCCGAGCAACGGAGUCUCGGAGACGGGAAAUUCCAAGACGACGACCAGAGUCACAGCUGAUGGGACCUACGCUAGUCAAUCUGUGUUCAGCGAGCUACAAGACACUCCGACGAAGAAAUCAAACUUCCCGCUCAGGAAGCUUUUCAUCGACGGGGAAUUCUUCCUCGCUACCAGUGUUUGUGGAGCUCUGGCGAAAGUUUCGACGAGAAUGCCGAAAGACGCUCAGGGAUACCGAAUAUGCGCUCAAUCAAUGAUGGUGGUGACUUCUUGCCUCAGACUAGCGGAUUCUGUCAAAGGCCUAGCCGAUGGCAAGGCUGCUGCGAAUGCGGAUGAUCGACGCAGACUGCAUCAGUGUAUGACGAUGCUGCUCAAGUGCUCUGCUCUUGACACCGACACGACGAGAGAUGCUUUACAUCGGAUGCUGAGCACGGAGGGAGUUAGGAAUAAUAAAUCUGUUUCCUUCGAAUGGCCGGAGAAUCGAGUUUUGAAGGAAGAACAAGUCGACGAAUCCAUCUCAUUCAGAAUGCUCAACCCUCGGGGGAAGGAGAAUCAUUCCAAGAAUCUGAUAGACGAGUCCUUGGAGAUCGCUGUGAAGGGGAAUUUAGGCGCACCUAAAGGAUUAUUUGAGAAUACUCUUCUUUCCAAGGUUUGGCAACUGACCGGUAGAAGUGAUCCUGUCUACGCCGAGGCCUAUUUGACAGUCGAUGCGCACAGCCUCGAAUUAGACGUGCUCGUUGUCAACCAGACGGACGAUACUCUACAAAAUUGUACACUCGAAUUGUGUGUUUUGGGCAAAAGGAACAAGGAUAUCGCCGAGAGACCCGCUGCUGUGAUUUUGGCUCCUAAGGAUUUCACUACCUUGAGGGCACUGAUUACUGUCAAUGGGACUGAGACGGGUCUCAUAUUCGGCACGAUAGUGUACGACAUAAAAGGAUCGACCGCGGACAGGCACAUCGUAGUCCUGAAUGAUAUAAAAGUCAACAUUCUGGACUUCUUAGUACCGGAGAGGUGUAGCGAUGGUGAAUUCCGGCGCCUCUGGCUGGAGCUUGAAUGGGAGAGAUUGGUGCCCGUCAGCACUCCAAUCAAAGACCUUCGCGCUUUCAUCACGCACAUAGCCGAAUCAGCUCGUAUGGCUAUCGUGACCGACGAGGCCGUCCUCGAGAAUGAUUGUGGAUUCGCUGCUGCUAAUUUUUGUACAAAGUCUCUUUUCGGCGAGGAAGCUCUUGCGAAUGUUUGCUUGACUCGGAACGACGACGGGAAUCUCGAAGGCCAAAUCAGGCUUCGAGCUCGGAACAAAGGGUGUGCCUAUCGGCUGGGCGAGAGGCUAUGCGAAGCUCAGAAAACGAUUCCGAAAGCGCUUCCUCAGGCUCAUUGA